GACACGCCCUUUCUGUGACGUCACCCAAACAUGGCAGCCUACUUGAGCCGGUUGCACCAUAUUUCGCUUCACGUCUCAAACGUGGAUAAAGUUGCUCACGAGCUGGUGUCCCGGUUCCAGUUUAACGUGUUCGCGGCGCGACUGACAGACCGAGCGAAGCAGCUCGCGCUCCGCAGAGGAUCGGCCGUGUUCGUGGUCAAUGAGAGGUUGAAUGAACGUCAGUCACGUGGCUGGAGCUCCGUCAGAGAUCGUCGGGAGUUGAACUGUCUGUACGGAGCCCACGCGCACUAUCCGGUGGACACCGUGAGUAACGUGUGUUUCGAGGUGGAGGACGUGCAGCGGGCGAGCGCUGAGCUGCGGGAUCGGGGUGUGUGUGAGUUUCUCCAGCCGCCCACCGAGGUGACCGAUGACUGCGGCCGGGUCACCUUCUCCAUCAUCCGCUCGCCGGUGGGUAACGUGUGCCACACGCUCAUAGACCGCUCCCGGUACCGGGGGCUCUUCCUGCCGGGCUUCCAUCAGGUCCAGACGGACUCCGAGACCGCGGGGCACUCGCAGUGUCCCAUCACGCACUUCGACCACAUCACCUUCGCGUGUCCCCGCAGCUGCACCGCACACAUCACCCGCUGGUACCGAGACACCUUCGACUUCCGGAGGUUCUUCAUCGACAGGAAUGAGGACGUGGAUGAGGGAUAUGUACUGAACCACAACGGGAUCGGGCUGCGGCUGACGGCUAUGGAAUACUGGAAUUCCAGCGAAUCAGGAAUCACACUGCCCUUCAAAGAUGAAAAAGAGCCGGACUGCAAGUUUGUGAUUGCAGAGUCUCUUCCAGAGCAGGGCAGGAACCAGGUGGACACGUUUCUGGAUCAGCACCGGGGGGCAGGAAUCCAGCACAUUGGGCUCUACACCGAGGACAUCGUGAGAACGGCUCACACUCUGAGUCUGUCUGGAGUGCAGUUCUUCUCUCCUCCGCCUGCGUACUACACUGAGGUGGGAAAGCAGGACGAGAUCGUGGCGGCGGGUCACGACCCUCACACUCUGAGUCAGUACGGGAUUCUGCUGGACACUGAUCUCUACACGGACAGACGGAUCACAGACGGCCAGCGGUAUCUGCUCCAGGUGUUCACUAAGCCUAUUUUCGGAGAGGACACCUUCUUCCUGGAGCUGAUCGAGCGCAGAGGUGCCACGGGCUUCGGCGAGGGCAACAUCCGAGCGCUCUGGAGAUCCGUGCAGGCCUACAUGGAGAAGGAAGAGCAUCGGGAGACGGAGCGCCAAGACAAACAGAGCACACCGAGCUGACUCUUACAGAGACUGAUGUAAACACGAGCUUUAGAUCCAGUGACCGCAGUGUGAUCGGGAACUUGUGUCUGUCCUCUGUUCACGGAUCAGAUGUUUGACUCCGAGUCUUCAAGGCACUUCUAAUAUAAUAUUAUCAGCUUGAGUUUGAAAUGUACAUGGUGUAUUUAUUCAGUAAUCUAAUACAUUAUCUAACUGUGAUGUCUAAACCUGUACUGUAAUGCAAUCUACUGUAUUUCCACUCGAACACAUUUCAUUCGGACAAUAUUUGCAGUGAAAUAUCAUCUGUACUGUUGAUCUGUGUGCUUCUGUCAGAUAAAUCAACAUUAUGAUGCUUGUC